AUGACAUUUACAAUUACACAAAUUUGGUCAUCAAAGAAAAUUGUACUCCGUCAUUUAACCAAUUCAAAAAAAUAUACUCCUUUAAAAAGGUCGCUGAGUGAUCCAAGCGAUCAUGUUCACGCGAUUGAUAUUAAUACAGGAGAAUUAUCCACUACAUUUCAAUCUCCCAUAUUUAAUAACGAAUGUUAUGAUUCCAAUAAUAAUAAUACAAAAAACUCACUUUUCGACAAUGUAAAGUCAUGGUAUAAACCAGUUUACGUAGAUGCGCCAAAUCAUGAAAAACCCAAACCACGUUAUUUUAAUGGUCAAUUAAGCAAAUCAAAAUUCAUCCUAAUUCAUUUUAUGAUGAUAUCAUUCUUAUUCACUAUUAUCUUGGCGCCAUUGGUUUAUUUUAUAAUCAUACCAGCAAUUUUAAGAUAUAAAAUAAAGAAGCUUGAUUUAAACAGGAUAACAAUUGAUUAUAUGGACGUGAAAGAAUGGAAAUCCAAUGGAUUGAAAUUUUCUUUGAAGGCUAUUAUACCAAAACAAUUUUUUCUUCCAAUGCAAACAAAAUUAGCUGCUUUAAAUUUAACGUUGCAUGAUGCAAAUUCAAUUAGUCUAUUGAAAAUCAGCGUGCCCGAAAUGGAAAUUAAUAUUGGUAAACCUAUCGUACUUGAAUUUGAAGGAGAUGUUAUAUUUAAAGAAACCGGAUUAAAUAAUUUAAUUGGAAAAUUUUCCCAGCCUGAUGGCUUACAAGAAACUUCAAUUUCUGCUGAUACUCAAAUCACUGUACAAAUGUGGGGUGUCACUUGGUAUAAGAACUUGGAUGUUAAACGAAUCCUUAAAAUACCUAAAUUGGAUGGAAAUUUAAUGUCACUUUGGAAUAAUCUGCCUAAAUUCUUAUUAUCCCAAAAAAUACAAGAAGUGAUGGUGGCCAAGCAAACCGUUGAUACUGGAGGCGUUAAUGCGAUUGACUCUAAUAAACCUCUUAUAAUAGAUGGAAUUGUAUUCUGGCAAAUCCUUCCAGGGUUUCCACCAAUCAAUAUAAAAGCGUUGGACAUAGUGUUUACAGAUGCGGGACCAAGUAUUACAUUAAAGGCAUUGAUGAUGAAUCCAACGGUUCUUUCUGUAAUUUUACCUGACACAACUUUUGGUCUACAACUGGAAAAUUCUUAUUUAGCGACAAUUGAUGUUAAAGGAUUUAAUUUAACCCAAGGAUUAAAUGAUCUCGACUUAAAUUUACGAUUCACCUUUGAUGAAAAUAGAAUUGUAAGUCCAGAUCAAUUAAGCAAUUCGAUAUCUGAAGCGAUAGGAAAAUUACUUGAAGUAGAUGAAGUAGAUGAAGGGUUACGGUUCAAUAUCAUUGGACCAGUUGUAUUCAAAGAUGUUGACAUUAUUCGAGAAAUCACCGAAAAAUUAUCCCUAGCGUUACCGAUUAAUGAAAUUAUUGAAAAUAAUAAAUUGUUAAUAAAUCUAUUGAAUGCUAAAGGAAUCGAAAAUUUAUUACACAAGAUACAUUUGGAUAUUAAAGUACAAGGAGAUCAAAUAAUCAUUCCUGCUGUCAUCACCAUACCAAGCUUCCUUCCUUUACCGCCAAGCUUUGAAUUUAAAUAUAAUAUUUCAUUUGGAAUAUUUAAAGGAGAACAAAAUGCUCUCACGGUAGCUCUGAGUGAAAUUUCAAUGACGAAUGGUGAAACGUUAAAGGUUCAAAUUACGGUCACCAUAACACCAAAUAAUACUUUGGAAGCGGCCGACGCGUUAGCUUCGAUAGUAAAUCCUUCAUUAUUUGGAAACAUUUCAAGCGCUGAUAUAAAAAACUUUGAAAUUUUAAAAGAAACAGGAGAAACAUUCCCUUGGGUCGAUCGAUUGCUUGAUAGAAGUUCUCUUAAUAUUCCUAUUCCUGGGUUUAAUACCACUUCAAUAAUUAAUAUGAUGACACAAAACGGAACAAAUUUACCAGCGAAAAUAAUUGAAAUGGAAGUGAUGCAACGAAGUGACGUAGCUGGAUUCGAUAUUAAUGGAAUCGUUGCGAUUGAAUAUCCUCCAAUCUUUCCAAUCAUUACUAUUAGUAUUGGAUAUGUGGAUGCAUCUAUAUUUAUCGAUGAUAAAUUGUUAACAACUGCCAAACUACCUAAUGGAAUAGAAUACGCUGCAGGAGAAAAUGCAACAAAUAUUGUCGCUUCCACUAUGUUUAAUAAAGAUGAUAGAUUGAAAUCAACUAUUGCAGAUUUAGUUAUAAGUAUGAAAGAAAUGCAUAUCAUCAGUCUUAGUGGAGUUAAAUUAGGAUCAAGUGAAGUUCAAAAUUUUGUCACAUUUAGCAAAGUGGUGGUACCGAUUGAUUUAUCGACAUUAAGAUCAACAAUUAAAACGACGAUAAAAACAAUCUCACAAUCAAUUCAACAACAAACUGGAUUAUUAUCAAUAACAGGAGUUGAUUUUGCUGUCAUAUCCUCAAAUUCUUUAUCAGUUAAUGCUCAAACAAAUCUUAAUAAUCCAACAAACAUAAAAGCUAAUAUUGGAUCAGUAUCAUUUAUAACUACAUUAUUUUAUGGAGAAUUGGUUAACUUAACAAUAUCACCUAUUAAAUUCUCAUUAGAAAAAUGUCAAUUAAAUUUACAAAUGAAAAUUGAACUUGUUAAUGGUAAAAAUGGAAUGUCAGAUAAUAUUUUAAAAUUAUAUAAUGAUUUAAUCGACACUGAAGGAAAUUUUAGAUCAAUCAUCGGAAUUAAAAGCUUGAUGAUAUUUCCUCCCCUUACUCAAAGUGAAAACUCUAAUGUUACUUUAGCCACCAUCGAUCAGUUUUUUAAUGUACAUAUUACAAUUCCUCCUUCAUAUAUACCCGCCGAAAAAUUAAGAUCUAUUAAUUUAUUAGAAAUGAUUAAAAAUCCACAAAAUAUUAUGAUCGAUAUUUCUGGGUUAUUACCAACAUCAGAAACAACGUUCGCGAUUCCAACUAUUUCAAGCAUUUCAGUCGAAACAAAGGAAAAUUCUCAAUUACAAAUUCAGUCAGCCAUCAAUUAUACUAAUCCAUUACCUAUUAGUGCCAGAAUUCCAUUUUUUGGUGCUACCAUCGUAUUGGAUGGUAAGAAUCUUGUUACAUUUGGAAUUAAUCAAUUUGAUGUUGCAAGAAAUGAAGGAAAUAUGAAUAUUGUUUUAUUGAUGAGAUUUGAUAAUACUGUCGGCACUAAAACAGCUGUCAAUGACUUCAUUAAAAAUAUUUUAAAUGGAAAAAUCAAACAAAAAAUCGAACUAAGUGGAAUUUAUUUUGGAGGGACAAAUGAAGAAGACAAUGAUUCAUUAAGUUCACUUAGUCUUCCAUUACCAACCGAUUUGAUUGAUGUUAAAUUAACUAAGGAUAAAAUAUUUGAAUUAUCACCGAUUAAAUUACCGAUUAAUUUGAACGAAUUAUUAUCUUGUCUACAAUUACAUUCUGUCGAUAUCACAACGUUUUCUGAUAGGAUAUUAUCAUUACAAAUCGGAGCUAAAUUAAAUCUUCCAUUUGAAAUUAAAGUUGAUAUCGAUUAUUUCGUUAUUAAUGGAAUUACAUUAGAUCACACUCAAUUUACUUUCAUUGAAAUAUUUGGAAUUAAGAAUCAAGGUGUUGAGAUCAAUGAUAUUUCACUUGGGAUUCAAUGUGCAUUUAAUAAUGAGGAAUCAAUUCCACAAUCCGUUAAAAAUAUUUAUAUCUCUUUAAUUAAUGGUGAAUUCAUUUCGACAAUAGGUGGCAUUAAUGGGAUUGCAUUUGGAAUUUCAAAAGAAGAUUCUGUUCGUACGCUUGAACAAAUUUCCCUCUCAACAGGAAUUGGAAAUUUAAUUACCGGACAAUUAAAUUUAAAUGAUUCUGUUUCAGACAUUCAUAAUGACAAUAAUUCAAUAUUGAUAUCAAUGGAUCAAGGAUCAAUUUCAUUAAAUAUUCCAAAAUUAGUUCAAAUGGUUAUAAGUCAAUUGGAAAUUAACUUUUUACCAGGAAAAAUAAUUGAAAUAAUAAUAACAACUUCAAUUAGUAUACCAUUUUCAUUAACGAUGAAUAUUGGGUUUGCUGGCCUUGGAAUAUUUUUGGACGAUCUAUCAACUGUUGAUAUAUUAUUGUCUGCUAUGAGUAAAAAAGAUUCUGUUUCAAUCACUACUUUGGUAAUAAUUAAUGAUUCCGAUGAAUUGGCCAAUAAACUUGGUGAAUUAACUCAAGAUUUCAUUAAUAAUACUCCAUUGAAAGGAAAUUUUGUAAUUAGAAAUCCCAUAAUCGGUAUAUCGAAUGAUGACAAUAUUAAUGCCUUAUCGUUAAUAUCUUUAGAGUUAUCUUUAGAAAGAUUAAUUACACCGAUAAUAAAGUAUAUACCAAAAUCAAUGGAUCCAAUUACUUUAAUAGAUCAAUUUGGAUUUCAAAUGGAUGCAUUGGAAAUUUCAUCAACCGAUCAACAUUCAAUGUUGUUUUCAAUUGUUUCCGGUAAUAAUAAUAGACUUUCCAUCGUAUCAGAAUUGGUAUUUCAAGUAUUAAAUGAUCAAGUUCCGGAUAAAAUUGCUUCAUUUGUAAAUUCUUUACAACGAAAUAGAUUAGGAGGUACAGGUGAAUUAUUCAGUAUUAAGGGAUUUAAGGUCGGUGUCUCUCUUGAUGAUCAUAUUAAAGUUUUUGAAAAGGUAGUCGUAAGAGUUCCAACUUCCUCGAUUCUUAAUCAACAAGUCGUCGAAAAAUUAUUAGGAAUGUUUGGACUUUCUUUAACAGAGUUAACGAUCGAUGAAAUGUUAAAUCGAUUAGAUAUUGGUAAUAUUGUAAUUGACAUGAACCCAGAUGGACAAGAAUUGAUUAUUAAUGGAAAAGUAGGAAUUAAAAAUAUUUCGCUUCCGCUAAAUGUUGAUUUGAGAAUGAUUGAAUUAUCAGUUGCAUUAAAUGCUUCGCCACUCGCAAGAAUAAUAUUACCUGAUAUCAAAACGAGUUCGUAUAAUAAUGUUAUUACAACAUGUUUUACCGCUGCCUUGAUUUUCCAAGAUUCUGAUGAAUUACAAGAAGAAAUAGCGACUUUAGCCAAAUCUUUAAUUGAAGGAACUAAUGAUACCGUCAUUUCAAGAAAUGCAAAUAUCAAUGGACUAUCAUUCGGUACUAUAAAUAUUUUUCGUAAAAUGUCAAUUUCUCUUCCGUUAAAUCCAAUAUUACAACCUAUUAAAAUGAAAAUUACAAGUAUUAUUAAAGGAUUUAUAUAUGGUACCGGACGUGUUAAAUUUGCUUUGGAUGAUGUAACAGUUGGGAUUAAAAAUUCAAACACAUUAAUCACUGAUGUUAUAGCUGACAUAAUCGGACUACCAGAUAUAACUUUUAAUAUUCCAUUUGCAAGCGUUGAUGUUGCAAUUGAUGAUGAACUCUGUGUGUCAAACAUUGUUAACGGAAUGAAAUUUGAAGGUGGUAGAUUCACGACUUCAGUUGAAUUAAUAUUUCAAAAUAAUAAACAACUCGCUAAUAAAUUAACGGUUGUGGGAUCAGAUUUAGUAUUUAGAAGAUUAAUUUAUACUAUAGUAAUGCGAGUUGGAGUAAGUAAUUUAAUAUUUGGACCUUCUUCACAAAAAACUUUUGGAUUCACGAGAAAGGUUGAGAUAGAAAUGGACGUAGGAGGACUCAUUAAUGAAUUCUCUGAAUUCAAUCAAAAGAAUAACUUAUUAAUAAUUGAUAAUAUUCAAUCACAAAUUACUCAACAAGGAAUAGAUGUUUCAUUCACUGUUCCUGCUAUUCCGAAUUUACCGUUAAACGUCAAUAUUCAUUCACUACUCGCUCACGUAUUUUUUCAAGACGUUGAUGAUGCUAUAACCAAAGCUAUUGGUAUACUAAAUGUGCAAAAAGGUCAAUGUAAAUGGGAAUUUGGACUUUUCCUUGAUAUUGAAAAUGGUCCAAUGUCUCAAGCUCUAGAGAUGGCUGUUCCUAAUUUACUUAAAUUUAAAUCAUAUACUCAUGGUGCUUUUCUUGGUUCUGUAACCCUUUGCAAUUCUAAAGACUGUCUAAAUCUUUCAGAUGAUUCGUUUAAAAUAUUUAAUGAGAUAACUUUCGUACCUCCUCCAUUAUUUUUAUGGAAUCCUAUCACUGUGGAUUUAGUUCAAAUAAUUCCUACGAUUAUUCUUAAUGUUUCAUUUAAAAAUAUUGGUCCACUUCAUGUGGAUAUUGGUAAUUUUGUAUUAUCAUUAGAAAAUAAUGGUAGUUCAAUAUUUGAAGUAUAUUCAAGCCAAUCCGUUGUCAUUCAAAAUGAUUUAGAAAAUUCUGGUCAAAAUAAUAUACCUAUGGAAGUUAAAUUUACUUUAAAUCCAUUAGAAAUUCCCAAAUUAUUAUUAGACAUAAUCGAUUUUGAAAAGGAUUUUAACAUUUCUUUAAGAGUGAGUAGAAAUGAAGGACAGAUCGAAUGGUUAAAUGAUUUAUUGAAAGAGUUGCCACAAACCUUUUGGAUGAAUUUCUUGCCUAUUUUACGAGGAUUAUUAAAGAAUAUUAAAUUGGGAAUUGAUUUAAAUAAUGAUAAAAUUCGACAUGAUACCGCCGUUGGAGUUGACAAAGGGUGUAGAAAUAAUGAAACUGAUGUUAAAACUCCUCCCCCUAAUACUGAAGAUGCUAUGGUUCCUAACGAUUCUUCUACAGUUUCUCAAAACGAUAAUCCUUCUAAGCAACCUAAAAAACCUCCAAAAGGCAAAGAGGUUAAACAACUUGAACACAGAGAAAUUCCAUCUACCGAAGAAAUAAAACCUAGUAUAGGAGAUAAAAUUUUAGAAUCUAUUACGAACCCAUUUGAAUCUAAUUCUUUAACUAAUGGAGAAGGCAAAAAGAAUAUAAUUAAACCCAUCCUUACUUGGACCAUUGGAAUUUAA